AUGGAUAAAAACCACGAAGGGGAGGAGUCGGAUGAUUCGGCUCCGACCAAUCCCUGUCAACAAUUUAAUAUUGGUUGUCAUGACAACGGGAUGGAGUCCGAUUACAACUGUCAAUCGAUUAACAAUAAUACAAUACCAUCUUACGAAUAUAGAAAAACGAAAACAGAUCAACAAAAUAGAAUAUCCGUAGUCAAAGAAGGAAAGACGUACUAUCAAGACGCCAUGAAAAAAGAGAAAACGCUCAAAAGGCAGUUUUCGAUACAGGCGGAACACGAUUACCACGGAAAAUACGGAAGUGGUGGCGAAGAGGAGGGAAGGGAAGGGAAGAGAGAGUUGGAAGGGGAUAAUUCGGAGGAGGCUCCCUGCGAUGAUAAUACAUCAUCAGUUGUUGCAAAUGGAACGCAUACGUCGGACUGGGAGUCGAGUAAAGAUGUUUUGGAUGGAGAACUGUCAAAACAUUUGAUAAGUUAUCAUUUGAACGUGUCCGAGGUCGGCAAACAAGAGGAUUCGGAAUCGAAAACCGAAGACAAAGAUAACGACGGAACUCAAAUCAAUUACAAUGACGCAAUCAAUAAUAGUGAUUACCGUUAUUUUUACAACGAAAACAAUUAUAAAUCCGGCAAUUAUUGUAACGCUGAAUAUUACACGACGAAUUUUCGGACUACAAAAGGUGAUGUGAUGCUUAACGAAAAAGACAUACAGUUAAUUAACGAUCAAAAGACGUACAAUUAUCAAGAUGGCGGCGGGAGCGUGAGUGCGGAGUUUUCCAACGGAAACGAAUUAGUCAGUUAUUUACGACAACAACCGGACGAUAUGUUUUUGAUGCAAGAUGCAUUUCAAAAUCAAGUCAUGCCGAAAAAUAUCGAUCAGGUUAUAGCGGACACGUUCAAAAAUGAUAAUCGUACUUUUACUGGUUAUGUUAAUUAUCAAAACGGUUCUUCGCCGAAAGACGAAGCAAGUUCGGAGGAUUCAUCUCACGAAACGGAAAAAUUAGAAUCGAAAAUAUUAAAUUUAUCACACAUAAAGUAUUCGCAUAGUUCACGAGCGUCCGGCGGCGUUUCGGGAGAUUCCGAUCACCAAUCAUCAUCACACAUAUACGAUAAUCCCUUAACGGAAAGAAUGUUUGUUUUGGGACGGGCCACGAGUUCUCUAGUAGUGAGUUCAAAAACCCCUCACGAAAAUUCAUCGGGAAAUUACGAGGGACCUUUCAGCGAAAGGAUAUCACUCCUUGGAACGGACGAAUUAGAUUUUGAAAACUCACCGUCUCCGAAUCGUGAUCUUCAAAGUCUGGAUUCACCGCCGACUUCGAGGAGUCAAGGAAACAUCUUGUCACUUACUACGACGACAACCAAUUCUACUACUCCUAAUGUUAGGUUCGACAAUUCUAGUCUCCACCCAUCACCUUCUCCUUCUUCUUCGUCUGUUAUGCACUGUUUGAAUUCUUUAACAAAUCCAUCAUCGACAAGCGUACUUCAAGUUUUGUCUCCUCAAAGAGAUUUACAAAAUCCAGAUUGCGACGAUCAGGAAAUGUAUUCAUCAUUGUACAAUGAUAAUCCGUCAUUGAAUUCUCUUCAUUCUGGAUAUCAACAUGAUCAAGUUGUUAGUAGUUCAACAUCAGGAAUGAUCCAGUCAACGCCAUCAAAUUCUGCAAGGUAA